AUGGUCGAGUUCCUCCUCGCAAAUGGCGCCGACGUCCACCAACCCAACGACGUCGGCGCCCGGCCCCUCCAUAUAGCGGCACGCUCCAAGGCCCAAAACUCCGAUCAAAUCAUGAAAUUCCUCAUCGCUGCCGGCGCCGCCGUCAACGUGCGCAACAUAUUCGGCAAUGACGCUAUUUCAUUGUGCGGCCGAGAUCCGGUCAAUAGAGAAAUUCUUCUCAGCGGCGACGCUCCGCUCUCAUUCAGCACGUUUGCGCUGCAGCACCGCCCAUCACCCUUUGGCGACUUUAUCUCCAUUCUUGACACGGAUGCCUUCGUCCUCCUCGCGCGCCACGGCAUCGAUCCCACGUCCGACAAUGGCCUUGGGGCCAUACCUGCACACGCCGCCAUGGCGCAAGCUAAGGUUGCUAGCUUGCUCCUGAACGGAGAUUACGGGAUGACGGAACUGGCCUCGCCCCGUAUUGAUUUUGCCCAUCCUAUCGAAUCCUCAUGGCUGGGUAGCGCCUUUCGGCUCUAUCGUCGGCGGAUCCCCGAGGCGCGGUUCAAACGUGUCCUGGAGUCGCCCGUAUUCCACGGCUGUACCUGUCUCUACUGGGCAGCGUACGUCGGGUCCAGCCAAGCCAUCGCCAAUAUCCUCUCCGCGGGGAUACCGGCUGACGGCAAGGGGGACCGGAGGGCCGUCAAGGUGUUGGUUCGCCACGGCGCGAAGCUCUUGUUCUGGGACGCGGACCGCGAGAUUUCCGCCAUCGACCUCGCCCGCGAGUCGGCGGAGGUCGUGCGUUGGCUUCUCGUGCUUCGACAUACGGAGCAAAAUAAGAUUCAGGCGGCCGGGGCAGAGGUUCCUGGCAACAGAGGGGCGGAAGAAGUCCCCGUACGGGCUUGGAGCGGGGUCACAAAAAGGGAAAUAUGGACAGCGUAUCACCGAAGGCAAAAUGAAUCCCUCCGCGAGUACCUCAUCCGCCUAUCUCAGAUGAAAGCCGAGCUGCGAGGCAAGCCUGCGCCCCCUUUAUCCCGCAGGUCGAGGAUUGAUCAAGAUUGGGACCGACCAAAGAUGAUUACGGACGGCGCGUUGCAUACAUCAAUGGACCUCAAAAACAAUGUGGAGGAAUGGACGAGAGGGUAUUACAACAGGGAGGAAUGGUGGAGAGAGUAUUACAGCACGGAGGAAAACGAUUCGGGAAGCGAGUCUGGGAGCUGGGAAUAA